CGGUUUGACCGACAGCAUGGCUGACCCCAGGUCUGUUUAAAGCCUGCAGCGCAGCGGCUGCCUCCACUGUCUGGAAACGCAGCGUCACUUUGCAUCUGAACUACGGUCAACGAUGUCUGACCUUGAGACCUCCAUAGCCACCAUUAUCGCCGUUUUCCAGAAAUACUCCGAGAGAGAAGGAGACAAGCACAAACUGAAGAAGAGCGAGCUGAAGGAUCUUCUUCACGACGAGCUGCCAGACCUGAUGGCGCACGUCAAAGACCAGUCCACGCUGGACGGCCUGAUGGAGAGUCUGGACGCCGACGGCGACUCUGAGUGCAACUUCCAGGAGUUCAUGACAUUCGUCUCCAUGGUUACCGUCUGUUGCCACGAGUUCUUCGAGCACGAAGAAGAGUGAGGAGGGCGAGACGAAGAGAAGCGACAGCGAAAUAUAAAGAAAUAGAAACCUAGCAACGAGAGGCAACAACGCUUUUAGCUUCCAGUACAAGUAGCAACUAAUAAAAUGUAGUAGUUAAAACUUUACCGCAAUUUUCUUUUUAGCAGAUUUAACCACUAAUGUUUGCUUUGAAAGCAACUUCACCACAUUCAGAAGAAAAAAGUAAAAAUGUUUUGGAAAUGUUUCCAAAUUUGACCAAUAUUUGUCAACCAAAACUUGAGUUUUUUUUCCUGGUUUUCAACUUAUAAUAAAGUUAUACUUUUAUAA